GGUUGAUACGGUCGCGACAUAUUCAUAUCAAUUGGCGUGCCAUCCUGGGAUGCCUGCGGAUUACCAAUACCCGCCGCUCAACCUCCGACUCCGGGUGUGGAUCAUCCCGAACGCAUGCUGGCUUAGUAACCUCCGAGCCGAUGCCGUUAUCCAGAUGCGGGCUGACAACCUGGUCCAGAUGUAGUUCGGAGGAAUUAUGUCUUCCAAGUGACGGACCGGCGAUGUGCUGACCAUAUUUUGUAGUGGCUUGUUAUCUCGUCUUGUUGAAAAUCUUGGGGAUAACGUUAUUAGUUACGGUUGCAACCUUCGUUGAGGGCGGUUACUGAAGCUCAGCCUAUAACCACAUCUCAGCUGGAGGAUGUAUAAGAGGGCUGGUAAAAUUGUUCAAAUGAAGGGACGACUAUUUCAACAUCACCUCAAUCUACUCAUCAGGUUAUAAUUAUAAAUAAUCGCACCCUCACCUAAAAGAAGCACAUCAUCUCUCACAAUGGCACCGUCCACCCUCCAAAUUGUCAUCAAGACCCGUCCCAACGGCGCUAUUAUCCCGUCCGAAACCUUCACUUCCCGUACGGUCCCAUCCCCCUCAGAAGAAGACCUCAAAGAUGGCCAGAUCCUUGUCGAGACGCUCUACUUAUCCCUCGACCCCGUCAUGCGCAAAUGGCUCAACGCCGACAACGGCAUUCUGGAAACCACGCAGGGAGAGCCCAUGCCGGGCCCUGUUCUCUGCCGCGUCCUCGCCUCACGCAACCCGGACGUGAAGCCUGGAGAUCUCAUCACCUCCUGGUCCGGCUGGGUCAGCACCGCCGUCCUCUCACCAGACACCUUUGAGAAAGUCUCAUACCUCCCUGCGUCCCUGCCCCUGACAGACGCCCUCGGCGUCUUGGGCUUCACCGGUCUAACAGCCUACUUUGGCAUGCUGCGCAUCGGGAAGCCUCAGAAGGGCGAAACGGUCGUCGUGAGCAGCGCUGCCGGCGCCACGGGCAGUGUGGCGGCGCAGUUGGCCAAGAUGCGAGGGGCGCGGGUCAUCGGCAUCGCUGGGGGUGAGCAGAAGGGCAAGUGGCUGAGGGAGUUGGGCGUGGAUGAGGUGCUCGAUUACAAAGAUGAGAGAUUCGAGGAGCAGUUUGUGAAGGCUGUAGGAGAGGGGAUUGAUCUUUACUUCGAUAGUGUUGGCGGACGAACACUCGAGUUGGCCAUCGCCCACAUCAAGAAAUUCGGCCGCAUCGUCAUCAAUGGCGACACAAGCGGCUACAACACGAGCACUCCGCGCGGUAUCAAAAGCCUCUUCCCCAUCGCCCCCAAAUCCGCCACCAUCCACGGCCUCAACAUCUUCCACCACCUCAACGACGCUGCGCCGGCUCGCGCCGAGCUGGUGCAGUGGUUGCAGGACGGGACACUGCAGCGGACGCAGACCGUUGUCAAGGGCGGGCUUGAGGCCGCGCCGCAGGGCCUGGCAGAUUUGUUCGCCGGGAAGAAUACGGGCAAGAUGCUGGUUGAGGUUAGGAGCGAUUGA